CUGCUUGUCUUGGCAGACAAACAUGCAACCUUCGUUGAGGAGGGGGGUCUUAUCGAUGAAGGUCAAGUCUGGUGGCAGGAUUUGGAAGACCCCUCUACUCACUCCUCUCUGCCGUCGAAUGAUGUUGUCGAUGAUGAUGGGGAGGACUAGAUACCUUGUCUCUGUCAUGAUGCUAGUUGCAGUUCUUUACGGCUUGCAAGUCAAGCACGUCUGCGCUACGCAUAAACCCCCUCGUAGAUUGCUGACUGCUCGUGAACGCAUAUUGGCCCAAUCAGAUGAAGAUGGGGGGACCUCUGCCUGGUGGGAUGUAGCGAGGCGGAGGGUGUUACACGUGGCAGCGAAUGCGCAAGAAUCGGACGAAGAAGGUAGAGGAAGUUGCAGUUCUGAAGUAUCUCCGUGCACGUUGACGCGAGCUCUGAAUCUGGCCACUUCUGGAUGCACUAUUCAGCUUGGCGCGGGUACCUUUCACACCUCUGGCAUCGUUUUUCCUGUCAAUCUGGCGGGAACUCGAUUGAUAGGCAAAGGGAUAAACCAGACACGUAUAGUGUAUACAGAUGGAGAAGAGGAGUUGGAUGUGGAAGACAGGGAGAGGAGAAGAGGAGGAGGAGGGCGAUCGCAAGCAGCUGUAAUUCUGGACAUCCAUGCUCCGUCGAUGGAGAUUGAAGAUAUGAAGGUGGUGCUUGAUAUAGCUGAAAGCUUCCGUCCGACGUCGGGAUCGGGACAGGCCAUCGCUAUCUUACUGCGCAACACGGCCGAUGAUGUGCACAUUCAGCGGGUCAGCGUGGAAAGAACAAUGUCAGGCUCAUCUGCUGUCAUUGGUUCGAGGGUUCCCCUGCUGGAUGGGGGCAUAUCGACUACCGGAAUUCUGAUUCAUGGCGCACAGGAGUGUUCGAUUGACUGGUCUUACAUUAUGGGCCCUUUUAAAGAUGGGAUUGUUGUGAUGACCUACAACACAAGAGUUCGAGGGUCUGUUGUGGAUGGGGCUCAACGAAUCGGCAUUGCCAUAAUUCACGAGAAGCCAGGAGCUAUAUCUGUGGUGAACAAAAUCAAGUCCAAUAUUGUGCAGAAUCUCGGUCUUCAUGGCACCGCCAUCGAGGUUCAAGGAAACGGUACCGAUGUGAAGGGCAACACGCUACACGACUGGGGGAAAUUCGGAAUUGUGGUCUGUGGCCCCCCUGGUGGGAAAUCAGGAUGCGGAAAGUGUCACUACACGAGAGAGAUGAAGUCGCUGCAAGAGUCCGAUUACGCGUUUGUUGUGUCCGGUGCUUAUGUGAAGGAGAAUACUUUCUCUGGGAAUGGUGUUAAUGAAAUUUGUGACAACGGGAUACUGUCUAGGGUGGAAGGUAUUGACAGGCCUGGGGACCGCUCAGCAUGGCCCAUGCCUGUUAUGACAGAGCGAUGGCUGGCACAUGUAAUGCCGGAGGAUUUCGGUGCCGAGUGUGCGAACGACACGGGACCGAAUACGUUCCAAUUACAAUUCCAGGAUGAUGAGCAGAGAUUGAAGCUCAUGGAGGAACUACAUGAGGUCGGGAAAAACGCUGAAUUGGCCUUCUUGGAAAACGCAGAAGCCAGAGCACAGCAACAGGAGCAGAUAAGAGACAAGGAGGACAUGUCAAAAGAAAUGGAGGAGGGCGAGGGAGACAACAUGGACUGCGAGGAAGGAAGGAAGGGGGGAACAGUAGGAGGAAGUUUCUCCACAAAGAGGAAGGGAGAGUCAAGAGGGGAAGAGGGGGCUAAUACUCAGGAAGGAGAGUCGCAGCAGGGAAAAAAGAGACAAAAGACCCAACCAGGAGAGGGGGCCACCACAGGAGAGGAAGAGGGAGAGGGCAGAACAAGCAGGGACUCAUCAGAGACCUCGGGCAAAGAAAGAGAGGCAGAGUCAGGUUCACACGACUCGACCUCAAAGGGUGCCAGGGUAGGAGAGGAAGGGACAGGCAGUGCAGACAAGAAGGAGGACCAAGGAGUGAGUUCACCAGACACAGAAAGCGAAGCUUCAUCAGAAGAGGACGAGGAAGAGAGAGGGGAAGAACAGGAAGAUUCAGAUGUGGAGGAUUGGACAAAGGAACGGUGGGCAAAAGAGGUGGAGCAACUGGAAUGGGGGAGGACAAUCGAGUGUGAAAUCAGGCUGGCCCACUACAAACACUUGAGGAACCUUCAACAAGCCACACAAGCAGGGGAAGACAUUACGUCAGAGAACAGGUUUGAGCUGCUAAGGAGGGAAGGAGAAUUCAAUGAGUUCUAUGCAUCUCAAUACGCAAGAAAGUCCCGCACAGUAAGAAACGAGAUACACAUACAGCAGGAGGAAUACGAGAGGAUAUUUCACUGGCCAAAGUCCUACCAUAGCAAGGAAAGGAAGAGGGAUGGCAAGAAACGAAAGGCUCAGGCGGUAGAGGAGCAAAGUUGUACAGUUGAGGGAAGAAACGACCCAAUGGAUGGUGAUGCAAUGGAAGACGAACAAGGGAAGGGAGAAAGAGAAGAGGAAGAGGUCCAGGAUUUGAGAAGGCAAACCGCGAUUUUGAUGGUGCAGGUGAACUUGCUCAAGGAUGAGAACAGGGAAUUGGAGGAUGACACAGUGAAUGUACAAAAAAUAGCGACAGAUGGAAGAGGACCAGGAGAACAGGGACAGAUGGCGAAGAGCAGUGGAGGAAGGCUAGAGACAACUUCAUCACGUCUUGGUUGGCAGGGGGGAGGGUUGCUGGGAAGAGGAACGAUUCUAUCGGGAGGUAGGAGUGGCACAACUCCGUUUCAAGAAGAAUUCUGGAACAGCAAAGCAUGGUAUCAGGGAGCAGUACUCUCGAUUCAGACUCUAACUGAGACAGUUCGGCUUUCGAGUCCCUGUUCUGGAUCUACAGCGGAGGGGAACAGGAUUCAAGCUGGUAACGCAGGGAAACAAGGGAAGUAAAAAGAUCAAAGCAAAGAAACCCAGAGCAAUGAGGAAGGCGAUCCUUGGAAGGGAAUGGUGUACCGGGGUGCAUUCAAGAA